AUGCUUACGGAUGCGUUUGUUACGAGAGAAGUGCCAUUCUUCGAAGAGCGAUCGGAAGGUGCAGUCGUGCUCGCAAUUGUCGAUGGGAAGCACCCUUCUCGGCUUGACAGGUUGGAAGGCGAUGUAUGGAACUUAAUGCUGGCAUGCUGGAGCUCCCCUCCCGCUGCCCGACUGACCGCUUUGGAGGUCCUUGAACGGAUAAGUGGCCUGGACAGCCUGCAAUCUGCAGUGCGAGAGGGUCAAACCAUCGUGCCGGCUCCCGAUUGGGACUCCAGCACCCUUACUGAUAUCCGAAAGAAUGUUAAAUACCCUUCCAACAGCGAAUUGGCGGCAGACCUGGCUCAACAAUACCGUGAUCUAAUCCCUCAGGCUGAGGAGCAGUCGAAGCCAGACAACCGGCCGCCGGUCACACCGCAGGUCAAUCUUCCACACAAUACCCCCCUCAGACGGGCACUGGGACUGCGAGGACGACCUGAACCUCGCAUGGGAGUUGAAAAUCAAGCAGCUGUCGCAUUUUACACGAGAUCUCAAGGAAUGAUGGAAAAUAUACUAUCCAAGAUUCUCGAGUAUCAGUCCUUGGCAGAAAAGAUUGGUGUUCACAGGCUUAAGGAGUGGCAGCGCCUUUUGAGGAACCACGAAGAUAUCCGUAAGAAUAUUGAUCUGGGGUUCAACGACUUGUGCGCCGGUACGGAGGUUGUAGCAGCUCUAGCACAGAUAAAGACAAUCAUUGAUCAGGUAGAGGCACACAGCUGGGGCGUCAAUAACGCAUCCAGUGAGGUCAAAGUGGAGUUCGCGCGAAUGCAAUUACAGGCAAAGGCAGAACAAGAAUCCUCUUCGAUUACUGUACCAACCGGGGAAAUUACCUUCUGCUCGGAUGCUGUGAACCUGAAUUCAAAUUCAUCCUCGGCUAUCACCGAUGAACUUGUGGACUUGCGGAACGUCACUGAUAUCGAACUCUCUUUAGUGAGAGAAACCGAGUGGACGUCAAAGUCGCCAGCGGAUGGACCGAUAACGUGGACGGCCCUGGUUCCCGAUGAAAAUCCGUGGCAAUGA